AGUCAGAGACCCACCAAAGCCAUCAACGUCGACAAAUCCGUCGAAGCGACAUCGAGAACGACUAAAUGGCGAAUUGGAAACGGUGGCCGCUCUGUUGCCGUACGAUUCGGCCACGAUCAGCCGGCUGGAUAAACUCAGUGUUCUACGGCUGGCCGUCAGCUUUCUCCAGGUCAAAGCACACUUCCA